AUGCUAGAACUAGUGAUCUCACCCAGCCUUACAGUAAACAGCGCUUGUCCGGGUAAACUGAAGCUUAACCGUGCUGACGCCGAUGUCUGGACUCUGAGUGACAUAGAAGGCAUCACCACAUCGGCCCUUCCUCGUGUGUCCCAGUUCUUGGCGAGACCUUGCCCACGUGUCCUGCCCAGCCAGCCACCCACGGCCAUGGCAGCCUACAGCCAGACACAAUAUAGUGCUGGGAUCCAGCAGGCUGCCCCCUACACAGCUUACCCACCUCCGGCACAAGCCUAUGGGAUACCUUCCUACGGCAUCAAGACAGAAGACAGCUUGAACCAUUCCCCUGGCCAGAGUGGAUUCCUCAGCUAUGGCUCCAGCUUCAGCACCCCGCCCACUGGACAGAGCCCGUACACCUACCAGAUGCACGGCACGGCAGGGAUGUAUCAAGGAGCCAACGGACUGACCAGCGCGGCUGGAUUCGGCAGCGUCCACCAGGUACACCCACCAGCUGCUGCCUUUGGGACCUUCCACUUUGGCAUUAGGUGGUUCUGGUGUGACGUUUCCUGGGAGGAGAUGCUCAACAAAGCUUCUGACAUGCCCACCAUGCCCCUUCCUCCACCAGGGGACUAUAACACACACAAUGGACCUUCCACUCCGGCAAAAGAGGGAGAUACGGACAGGCCACACAGGGCCUCUGACGGGAAGCUCCGAGGACGGUCUAAGCGGAGCAGUGACCCCUCCCCAGCAGGGGACAACGAGAUCGAGCGUGUGUUCGUGUGGGACUUGGAUGAGACAAUAAUUAUUUUUCACUCCUUACUCACGGGGACUUUUGCAUCCAGAUACGGGAAGGACACCACGACGUCCGUGCGUAUCGGCCUGAUGAUGGAAGAGAUGAUCUUCAACCUUGCAGACACGCAUCUGUUCUUCAAUGACCUGGAGGACUGUGACCAGAUCCACGUCGAUGACGUCUCUUCCGACGACAAUGGCCAAGAUUUAAGGAGUGGAGCAGAGAGCUUCGGGGUCAACUCUGCUUGCUCACCCACCCUUCCAUGGAGAAAGCUGUUUCUGCCUCACAGAACCAGCCUGGGGACGGCCAAGACGGAGCCUGAGGAAUGUAGCCUUUCAGCCCGGCAGCCAUGCUUGAUAGGCGCUCCCAAAAGAGAGACCUGGCUACAGCUCAGAGCUGAGCUGGAAGCUCUGACCGACCUCUGGCUGACCCACUCCCUGAAGGCACUAAACCUCAUCAAUUCCCGGCCAAACUGUGUCAAUGUGCUGGUCACCACCACUCAACUAAUUCCUGCCCUGGCCAAAGUCCUGCUGUAUGGGCUGGGCUCCGUGUUUCCUAUUGAGAAUAUCUACAGUGCAACCAAGACAGGGAAGGAGAGCUGCUUCGAGAGGAUAAUGCAGAGAUUCGGCCGGAAAGCCGUCUACAUCGUCAUCGGGGACGGGGUCGAAGAGGAACAGGGAGCGAAAAAGCACAACAUGCCUUUCUGGCGGAUAUCCUGCCACGCUGACCUGGAGGCGCUGAGGCACGCCCUGGAGCUGGAGUAUCUAUAGCAGAACCCACGCAUCGCCACCUGCCAUCCCAGGCGCAUCCACUCGCCCAGGCCCCUCGCCCUCCCGCCGCCCGCCAGACGCCGGACGCUGGGCAGGGUCCCUACCGCCAAGAGGACAUGUCCAGUGACCAUCUCAGAAGCUGUCCUUUCAGCCCAAACGCGGGUCCUGAGAAGCAGAGUACCCAGCCGUGGCUCUGGAGUAUUUAACUUUGGGGAAAAGGGCUGGCUUGGAGUCCAGACUUUUCUACAAGACUCAUAGAACAAAAGCAAGGAAUCGCUGAUUUGGGGGAGGGCUGGUUCUGAGGAGGGGGCAGGCUCGUUUUAUUUUUUCUUUUUAAUUUAUGGACUAAUCUCAUUACUCUGGUGUUAUGCUCUCGUACCUGUGUUGUUGGUUUUCUUAGUCGUCGGUUUGGUUUGGUUUUUUAAGCUGGCAUGUGGGGUGGUGCACAGUUCUAACUUAAGCAUUCUGCUCCAUGUUGUACUUCGAUGGGACAAUCAUCUCUGAACAGUUAGUGGGGGAGGCAAUUCGGGGCCUUCGGGAAGAGCUCAUUUUUGCUCAUUUUUGCUGUUAAAGACCUAACCUGACACAUUGUGGACAGUGCACGUGCCUUAUGCUGCCAUCUUGUUUUCUAGGGAGAGGGACCCUGGGGAGGAGGCGGUACUUUGUGACAGAUAAAAGGCAUUAAAUAAAACCACGUUUACAUUUUGAA